AUGGCAAGUUCGAGAGCAUUAUUAAUAUUGUGUUUCUCUGCGAUCGUUUUCCUUAAAAUCACUAGUGGCCAGAGCAUUGCUAAUGUCAGUACCAUAUGCUUGCUGGCAAGUAAUUCAGCUGUGUUCGUAUUUGGAGACUCUAUCUUUGAUUCUGGAAACAACAAUUACAUCAACACCAUCGUUCAUCUUCUAUCUAACUACCAACCAUACGGCCAAACCUUCUUCAAGUUUCCCACCGGAAGAUUCUCCGAUGGACGCAUAAUCCCAGAUUUCAUUGCUGAAUUUGCCAAGUUGCCAUUAUUGCCACCUUAUCUGUAUCCUGGAAUUUACGAUGAUCACUACAUUUAUGGAGUAAAUUUUGCAUCAUCAGGAGCUGGAGCCCUAGCUGAAACAAGUCAAGGAACAGUGAUAGACUUGGGAACUCAAGCAAGUAAUUUCAUAAAAGUGAGCCAGCAAUUGAAGAACAAACUGGGCGAAGGAAAAGCCAAGUCACUGAUUUCUAGAGCUGUCUUCAUAUUCAGCUUGGUCGGCAAUGACUAUGUUACUCCUGUCUCCCCCACAAAUUCCACUGUCGUCCUCCCAUACCCUCCCCAAGAGAUGGUCGAUGUUGUCACUGGAAACAUAACAAUCGCCAUCCAAAAAAUAUACAAGGAAGGUGGGAGAAAAUUCGCGUUAAUGAAUGCCGCUCCAUUCAGUUGUUUUCCAUUGCUGAGAAGAAACGGAAGCAGUAUAAGUAGUUGUCAGGAAGAAGAAGCUGCUUUACUCGCAAGACUUCACAAUCAUGUUCUUCCACAGAAGCUUCAGAAACUGCAGGAACAACUCACUGAGAUCAAAUACACCGUCUUUGACUUCUACAAUGCCCUUCUUCAACUAAUGAAAUACCCUUCAAAUUAUGGUUUCCAAGAAGGGGAGGUCGCUUGCUGUGGAGGAGGACCUUACAGAGGAGAUUAUAGCUGUGGAGGGAAAAGAGGGAUUGAAGAAUAUGAGUUAUGUGAGAAUGUGAAUGAUUAUGUUUAUUUUGAUUCUGUUCAUCCUACAGAAGCUUCUGCUCAACAUUUUGCCAAUCUCAUGUGGGCUGGAACUGGAAAUUUCACUCACCCUUACAAUCUCAAACAACUCUUUGAAUAUUAA